GAAUCAAUCCAGAAAUUGCUGAAACUGCUGAAAAUAUUAUUUUAUUAGAUGAAAAUUCAGAAAAAGAAUAUUUUGAAGAGGCAACAGCAACUCAAAAGAUUCGCACUAAGCAAUCAGAAGAUUUAAAGAUCAGGAAAAUUAAUGCAGCAUUUAAAAGAACCAUUCAACACAUAGAAAGAAGCAGACAACGGAACAAGUGACUUAAGCAUGGCUUAUUUGAAAGAAAUAGUUUAUAUGUUGAAUAAACAAUUUGUAGAAAUACGUGAACUUAAAAAGUGUAUUGGAGAAAAAGAAGCUGCAGAGAAUCAAAAACCUGAAAACAAAGAUUGUGUCAACUGGGCGAAACUUUUGCCUUUCAACAGUAUAGAUGAUAUGGCAAAUUUUUGCAAAAAAUUGGAAACAAAAGAAAACUAUGUGGAGUCUAUGAUAAAAUUGUUAAAAUCUGUGGGAGGCAAAGACGAUAGAAAUAAAGUUAACAAAAUGAUGGAAAAAGUUAUAACAAACACACUCGAUGAGAAAUUUAGUCGCAAGGGACAAAAAGGAAAGCUGGUGUUUGAAAACUGCAAGGUUGAACAAAUUAUAGUUGGUAUUCCGUAG